AUUAAAAGUUCGUAAUUUCAUUAAGGGGAACGUGAAGAAAUCUUUAGUUUAGGUCUUAUAUUGGAGAAAUGACAGAGAUGGGCGUUGUGCAGUUGAAAUUAUGUUUCAUAUGUUGAUUAGUGUAUCUGUUUUAUAUUUUCACACGUGGAAUCGAUAACAUACAUUCAUGAAAAUGUCGUAGGGAAGUUAGGCCUAACGUUAUGUUAAAAUCGGGAAUUGGUUCUAGUUUGAGAAGAAAAUAAUGACUUGUAGUUAUAAGUAUGACAGGAAAGAGUUAGACUGUAUAAUUAAGAUAUAAGAAAACGUUUAGGCUUUAGAAGUAGUAAACUUGGAACAGUUUAUAUUGACUGAUUGUAUUUGGUGUUUGGUAUAAUAAUCAAGAGUAAGAUUAUGAAUAUGAUUACAAAAAGAACGUUGGGUCUGAGCAACUACUGUUAAGCCUACUUUUCAGAACCUGAAUUCGGGUAGAGACUGGAGUGAUAAUUUUGAUACACAGUCUUGCACUGCAUUAUACAUGUCCAAUAAACACUUUAACGUAUUUCUGUAAAUUUAAAACUUGAAAUUAGCUGAUGUUAGUUUUGAAUUCAGCUAUUGGCCUAAGUAUAGGCUUUAAUUUUAAAUUUAGUCACAUGUAUCAAUUGAAUGAAACAAAAUUUUUAGAAAUUUUAUUGAAUAGAUUACCACAGUGACAUUACUUUCUUUUGUUGGACUUGAUAACAGGAUUGAAAAUGAGCAAAUUGUCAUUUAGAGCACGUGCGUUAGAUACAUCAAAACCAAUACCACUACUCAGGUCUGAAGAAAUUCCAGACCUACCAGAUUUUGCAGCAAUCAACCGAGCAGUACCUCAGAUGCCAACAGGAAUGGAGAAAGAAGAGGAAUGUGAACAUCAUUUACAAAGAGCGAUAUCAGCUCAACAAGCUUUUGGUCAUACAGGAGAACUAGUUAUUCCUACACCUGAAGUAUAUACUACAAUUGAAGAAAUAUACCAAUCUUUGUAUCCUGCAGAUUACAAGGUUUCAAGACAACUUAGACAUAUGCAGCCCUUUGCAGUUGAUCAUGAUAUUCCUGACUAUGACAUGGAUUCAGAUGAUGAAAGAUGGCUGACACAACAAGCUAAAAAGAUGGAAGUUACACCUCUACAGUUUGAAGAAAUGAUGGAUCGUUUGGAGAAAAGUAGUGGGCAACAAGUUGUUACACUGAAAGAAGCUAAACUUCUUCUGAAGGAAGAUGAUGAUCUUAUUAUUGCAGUUUAUGACUAUUGGUUGAACAAAAGAUUGAGAAUGCAAUAUCCAUUAAUUUUGCAAGUUAAAACAGAAAAAAGGGAUGGUUCAACUACCAACAAUCCUUAUGUAGCAUUUCGAAGGCGCACAGAGAAAAUGCAAACAAGAAAGAACAGGAAAAAUGAUGAAACAUCUUACGAAAAAAUGUUGAAAUUGAGAAGAGACCUUAGUAGGGCUGUUACAUUGUUAGAAAUGGUCAAAAGGAGAGAGAAAACAAAGAGGGAACAUCUUCACUUGACCGUUGAGAUUUUUGAAAAAAGGUAUCAAGCUGGAGAUUACACAGGACAAAUUUUAGCAGAAGUGUCUGCAUUAAAGCUUGCUCGAAAAUCUUAUAUUUCAUUUAAAAACCAACUUGUAUCUAAGCAUGAAAUACGAGUAACCAAGCACAAGCUAAAAAGGCGUAUGGAUGAAGGAAUACCAAGAAGAAGAAGGGAAUACAUAAAAAAGAAAUACAAGCAAGAAAUUUCCCUAUCUUUGCGCAGACAGCUUUCAUCAGCACAGAAGAUUGACACAGAAAUAAAUUAUUCAGAUAUAUUUAGUUCUGAUGAUGAUGGCUUUUCCCCAGUUACCUCACCAUCAGAUGUGGAGGAUGAUGAUGAUCCUGAUGGAUCUUUUGUAUUUAGAAGAAAGAAGUUUUGCUAUUACCAUGCACCUCUAAGGGAAAGACUAGGAAACUGGCCUUGGUGUAACCCUCAAGAGGAAGGUAAAGGUAGUCGUAACUAUAGGUUUUGCUUAACAUCGUUACUGUUUCCAGAAAGGAGAUGUAUAGGUUUUGCAAGAAGGAGAAUGGGCAGAGGUGGCAGGCUUUUGCUCGACCGUGCCUGGACACCCCUAGAUGAUUAUUGGAGCAAUUUAGAUGUAACAUUCAACAACUCGCUGUUAAAUGGGAUUCCAUCCAAUACAUUUUUAUCAGAAGUAAUAAAUGAGUGGUAUUUAUAGUGGAACUGCAAGAGCUGUGCACAUUUCACACACCACUUCUGUCUUCAUUUUAGGGUUUGAUAUCUUUUUAAGAGUUUUAUAUUUGAAUAACUUUUAAAUACACAGAAUAUUUUGAAGUUUCAGGUCUGGUCAACCCCACAAAUACAGUGUUCAGUUAUUUUUUAUUUCUUUACUACAAAAUAUAACAAAAGGAUUUUUUGAAAACUUAUUUUAAAUUUAUAAUAUAUAUAUAUAUACACAUUAUACAUAGUAAUUUCAAACUCAGAAACUGAAUUGAUUUUGAAUAUUUGAAUCAUAUACACAUUUACUGUUCUUCUUCUGAAGAAGAAUAGGUAAUAUUUUGAAAUCUCUGAGCUUCUGGGUCUUUUCAAAGUCUACUUGAAUUUUUAAUAUUUUUUGUGAUCCAUCAUGCUAAUUCUUUUAUCAUGGCUAUUUUAUACAUUGUUUGAUGUGUUUCAACGUGUGAUCUGACUCCGUUCCUCCAUAUUCAUAAUAGCAGCUUUUUCACUAAAAAUUAAAUGUUGUGUGAUUAAAAAGAAGGAAAUGAAGAAAAGUGAUUAUAAGUGGGUAAUAAUAACUAAUUCCUUUUCAUAUAAAUAGGUUUAAAAGUUGCCAUGUUUCUAAUUGUCAGUGGAAUUGAAACAGUAUAAAUAUUACACACAGUUUGUAAUUGGUAUUUAGUACUAUUCUUAUUUAUACAUUUACUUAGGCAGACUGAUGCCAGAAUAACUUUCAUUACCUGUUACUGUUACUCACUUGUAAUACACAACCCAAAAGGAUUUAUGGUUUUAUACAUUUUGUAAUCUGGCAUUGUUCAGUUUAUUUCAUGCCCCACAGUGGCACAGCGGUAUGUCUGCGGACUUACAAUGCUAGAAAUCGGGUUUCGAUACUCGUGGUGGGAAGAGCACAGAUAGCCCAUUGUGUAGCUUUGUGCUUAGCUUCAAACAAACAAACAAAAGUUUAUUUCUGUUUAUAUCAGGUUUUUCUUUUGCAGGUGAUCCCUUUUUUUGGUUUUCACUUGGACUAAAAUAAUGCAUUUUGAAGUGUUUUUAAGGCGAAAACUUUUUUUAAAUAAUUAA